AUGGGAAAAGAACUAAUUAUUUUAGCAUAUUCGGGUGGCUUGGAUACCAGCUGCAUUUUAAAAUGGUUAAUUCAAAAAAACUACGACGUCGUAUGCUAUAUGGCUGACAUUGGCCAAGAUGAAGAUUUUUCUCAAGCUACAAAGAAAGCAAUGUCCAUUGGUGCUAAAGAUGUGAUCGUAGAGGAUUUACGCAAACAGUUUGUCAGCGAUUACAUGCUUCCAGCUAUUCAAAUGGGAUUAGUUUAUGAAAGUCGCUACUAUUUGGGAACAUCUCUAGCCCGUCCCUGCAUUUCAGUCGGUAUUGUCAAUACAGCAAAAAAAUUAGGAGCCAAGUAUAUUUCCCAUGGUGCGACUGGAAAGGGAAACGACCAAGUCAGAUUCGAGUUAAGUGUUUAUUCUCUCUGGCCUGAGGGUAAAGUAAUUGCUCCAUGGCGUCUUCCCGAAUUCUUCAAUAGAUUCCAAGGCCGUAAAGAUCUACUUGAAUUCGCAAAACAAGAGAAUAUACCUGUAUCUGCGACGCCCAAAGCCCCGUGGUCCACAGACGAGAACAUUAUGCAUAUUAGUUAUGAAUCGGGAGUCUUGGAAGAUCCAGCCACAAUACCCCCAAAUGGGAUUUAUAAGAUGACACGUGAUCUUCAACAAGCUGAGGACUACCCCAGCGUCAUCGACAUCACUUUUGAAAAAGGUUUACCCGUAUCUAUCACCAUUCCAAGUGGACAAGAGAAGGCUCUAUUAAUUAAAGAUGACCUUAAAAUUGUUGAAACUUUGAACAAAUUGGGCGGUCAACAUGGAGUAGGACGUAUAGACAUUGUAGAAAACAGAUUUCUGGGACUUAAGUCUAGGGGCCUUUAUGAAACACCAGCUGGAACAAUUUUGCAUGCGGCACACCUAGAUUUAGAAGCUUUUGCUCUGGAUAAGGAAGUGCUAAGGCUUAAGAAAUACCUUCAAGAUAGAAUGUCCGAUUUUGUGUACAAUGGCUUUUGGUUUUCUCCAGAGGCCACUUAUACCAAAAAGUGCUUAGAGAUGUCUCAGGAAUUAGUAAAUGGAACUGUCACAAUCCAAAUUUUUAAAGGAAAUUUAACAAUAUUAGCAAGAAAAAGUCCUACAAGCUUAUACAACAAGGAUCUUGUGUCGAUGGAUAUCGCCGGAGGGUUCUCUCCUGAGGAUAGCUCAGGAUUUAUCAACAUUAAUGCAAUACGUUUAAAGGAAUACGCUCGAUUUUUAAAAAAUAUUAAAAAUUAAAUAAAU